AUGACAAGCCUGUACGAGUUUUGGUGCGAUGUGAUCAACGACGGCCAGUAUCUGUGGAAAAUCGAGAAGAUGCAUGAGAAAUAUGGUCCCAUUGUCCGGGUCAGCCCAAAGGAAAUUCAUAUCAAAGAUUCGGAAUAUUAUGGAACAAUCUACUCAGGCUCUCACAAGGUCAACAAAGACAAGUCCACUGUUGCCGGUAUAGGAACGCCCACUUCAGUCGCAGCUACUGUUGACCACAACCACCAUCGUGCAAGACGUGCAUAUCUAAAUCCGUAUUUCUCAAAACGUGCAAUUGCCGACAUGGAGACAAUGAUGCACGAAAGGUUGGACAGGUUCUGCGAGCGCCUAGAUGAGGCAAAGGAAUACGAUAGCGUGGUGAGCCUUGAUUCGGCUUUCUCGGCUCUUACUGCGGAUCUCAUCUUUGAGCGCUUUUACGGUUACCACUUAAAUUAUCUUGAUAUACCGGAUUUCCACUCUCCUGUGACGAAGGCCUUUAUGGGAAAUUCAAUUAUGUUCCAUUUUGCUCGAUUCUUUCCCGGUUUAGUUGCCCUGCUCAAGAAGACUCCUCUCUUCCUACUCAAGGUCAUACAACCGGCAGUUGCCGAGUUACAGAUUCUCCUUGACGACAUGAAAGAAAGAAUCCUCUCCACUCUGAAAGAAGACACAGACAAGAAAGAUGGGAAUAAGCCUGUAAUAAUCGCUGCUCUUGGAGAUGAGACCAUUCCCGGGGUGGAGAGGACGCUGGACCGCCUUUUGGACGAAGGGUUGGUGAUUAUCUUUGCUGGAACCGAAACUUCCUCUAGAGUGAUGAGUGUUGCUUUGUUUCACUUGCUACAUAAUAAGAUGCAUUUGAGAAAGCUACGAGAAGAACUUACCGCCCUACCGCCCCGGCUGGAUCAUGACUACUCCUUACAACAACUUGAGGGUCUUCCUUACUUGUCAGGUGUUGUCCAUGAGGGCAUGCGUCUUGCGUUCGGGCCAGUCUGUAGGCUUCCUCGUAUAGCCGCAGAUGAAGCUUUGAAGUACGAGGAUUUUAUAAUUCCUCCAGGAACACCUGUCAGUCAAUCGACAUACUUUGUGCACACCGACCCCAGCAUUUACCCAGACCCUUGGACCUUCGACCCUGGAAGAUGGGUCAAGGCAGCAAAAGAUGGGUUCCCUUUGAAUAGGUACCUUACAAAUUUCACAAAGGGAAGCCGACAAUGCAUUGGCUUGCAGAUGGCUUCUGCCGAGGCUUAUAUUACCAUCGCCAGGUUGGUACUAUCUUUCGAGAUGGAGCUAUGCAACACCACAGUUGAAGAUCUAAGUAUUGAUCACGUUCGACUCGUCGGGUAUCCCAAGAAGGCCAAGUAUACUGCCAACGCUCGGGGUGAAAUCAUGGUGAAGAUUACAGGAAGAGCGGACGGGGAGCCCUAA